UUAAAACAGAUGCAGCUAUGAAAGUGGUGACAGAGAUUUUGCACAUGUUCUAUGAAGUCUUUUGGUUUAUAGGACUAUCAGCAAUACAAUGGAUUGUGGGGAGAAAAGAAAAAUCAGUUACAAGAAAUAUAUGUUUAAUAACUGGCUCUGCUGGCGGGACAGGGAGAUAUUUUGCUUUAGAGUUUGCAAAGAAAGGAGCAAUUCUUGUAUUAUGGGAUACCAAUGAGAAAGGUAAUGAAAGCACAGCUAAAAAAGCGAGAGAUCUUGGUGCCAAGGUUUAUACAUAUACCUGUGAUGUGAGCCACAAAGAGACGGUCUAUGAAACCGCAGAGAGGGUUAAACAAGAGGUUGGAGAUGUGACCAUCUUAAUCAACAACGCUGCUAUUAGAACACAAACAUCGUUCCUGCAAUGUGAAGAUGAACUAUUGGAGAGAAUACUGCAGACAAACAGCCAUGCACACUUUUGGACUGUAAAAGCAUUUCUUCCUAGAAUGAUGGAAAUGAAUCAUGGACAUAUUAUCACAGUUACAAGUAAUUUAGGACUUGUUGCCACAGCUUAUAUGGAGGGUUACUGUACUAGUCAGUUUGCUGCUGUUGGUUUUCAUGAAUCUCUCAGCCACGAGUUAAAGGCUAGAAGGAUCACCGAUGUGAAGACAACCCUUAUAUGCUUCUGUUUAGUCACAGGAUUCCCGUUAAGAAAAGAAUAUUUUGUGAGGCAAGCUAUGAAAGGAAUCCUUACGGAUCAGCAUGUGAUCUACACACCCAGACUGUUGUACAUAACAGCAUUCCUUAAACAUGUUUUGCCCUGGGACGCCCAAAUUCAUUGCAGUAAGCGUUUGGACAUAAAAGUAUAAUUACAUGCUUACAAACAAUGUAACACAAUCUACAGUGAAACCAAAUCUGCUUUGGAAGCACAUUUAUUCUGAACUGAACUUAUGAAUCACAAUGCAAGCUCUUCUUUCCUUUUAUGCAUCUACAGGCUACCAUGGAAUUGCAGAUUGUUUUAUACAUUUUAGUUUGUCUCAAAACAAAGACGGUAUGGUGGUGGUGGUGGUUUACAGCUACAAUAAGUAGAUUAUCCCAAAGAAAAAAAACACAAGAAUAUUUUGCAUUCAACUGUAAUUAAUACAGUUAUAUUGUUUUUCAAUUUAAGGCUAAAAUGUUGAGCUGGUAACUGUAUGUAACUCUUUGCCAUACUGGCAAUUUCAUUCCUAGUCAUAAAAUUACAUCUUUUAAUACUAUUAUUUGUGUGCACAAAAUCUUUUUUUAAUUGCAUUACUGAAAGUGGAACACAAUUGAUUUCCAUAAUUAUUGAAGUUCCAACCUGCAAAUUAAACUUUUAUUUUAUGUAA